CAAUGAAAAACUUUGAGGACUUCUAAGGCACGUCUGCAGAGUCCUCGGGUCAAACCUACUUAGGUGAGCAGACCACAAGAACGUGCACGUAGACCCCGGAUGAGUGCCGGCACUUAUUUAUUUCCUGUAAGAAGAGGACGACCCCCCUCCCUGCUAAAGAGGCUGCUGCAGAUUGAAUCUAGACAUCAGGUGACCGCUGGACUUGUUCCUGAUUGGCUCCCCUUGUUAAAGAAUUACUGAGACCUUCCCUAGCAGGUGGAUCUUUCCAGGGGACUCAGCUUUUCUUGGAUACAAGUAAGGGGGGCUCCAAGGACAACAGAAGUGAAGCCAUGGACGUCGCCUCCUCGCUGCUCUGCCCUCUCCUCCUCCUCCUCUUCGUUCUCCUGUCCUCCCUCCCCUCCUGCUCCUCCUCCAUGCUGUGCCCGAAGCGAUGCACCUGCCAGAACCUGCUGCCGUCCUACACGGUGCUGUGCGCCAAGACGGGCCUCCUCUUCGUCCCACCCAACAUCGACCGGCAGACGGCCGAGCUGCGGCUGAUGGACAACUUCAUCACAACACUGAGGCACCGCGACUUCGCCAACAUGUCCAGCCUGAUCCACUUGACACUGAGCAGAAACACCAUCAGUCAGAUCCGACCGUACGCCUUCGCUGACCUCCAGGAUCUCCACGCACUCCACUUGGAUGCCAACCGCCUCACCACACUGGACGACUCCCACUUUCAGGGGCUGGUGAACCUCAGACACCUCAUCCUGGCCAACAACCAGCUGCACAGCAUCUCAGAGGGAGCCUUCCAGGACUUCCUGGAGACUCUGGAGGAUCUGGAUUUGAGCUACAAUAACCUGGUGGAUAUCCCAUGGGAGACCAUCGCCCUGCUGGUCAGCGUCAACACCCUCAGCCUCGAUCAUAACCUUAUAGAGAGCGUCCCCGAGGGAAUCUUCUCCAACCUUCACAAACUGGCCAGACUGGACAUGACCUCCAACAAACUGAAGAAGAUUCCCCCAGACCCCCUGUUCCUGCGGAUCCCGGUCUACGCCAAGAUGAAGGGUUCUCCUCUCACGGCGCUGGUGCUGAGUUUUGGAGGAAACCCACUGCACUGUAACUGUGAGCUCGUCUGGCUACGGCGGCUGACCAGAGAGGACGACCUGGAGACCUGCGCCUCACCCAGAGACCUGGCAGGGAAAUACUUCUGGACCAUUAGAGAGGAGGAGUUUGUCUGCGAGCCGCCGAUGAUUACCCGUCACACCUCAAAGAUGUUUGUGAUGGAGGGUCAGGAGGUCAGCCUGCGCUGUAAGUCCAUCGGAGACCCCGAGCCUUCCACACACUGGGUCAGUCCUGAUGGGAAGCUGAUUGGAAACACGUCCAGAACCAUCUGCUACGAGAACGGCUCGCUGGACAUCCUCAAAGCUUCAGUAAAGGAUUCUGGAAAGUUCACAUGCAUAGCAUCAAAUGCAGCCGGUGAGGCCACGGCUCCUGUUGAGUUAGUCGUCAACCCCUCACCACACUAUGACCCAAAACUGGACCCUGAUCCAGGGCCUUCAGACAUCCCCACAUCCAUCAAGUCGAACGUCAGCGGAGGUCAGGCCCGCUCCGACCAACAGAGGGUCAGUGUGUCAGAACUAACGUCCAGUACUGCUACCAUCAGAUGGCCCCCCCAGAACCACAUACCAGGAGUCCGCAUGUACCAGAUCCAGUACAACAGCUCCACUGAUGAUAUACUCAUAUACAGGAUGAUCCCAGCCAACCACAAGUACUUCCUGCUGAGCGACCUGGCGUCAUCGCGGGACUACGAGCUGUGUGUUUUGGCUGUCUACGAUGACGGCAUCACCGCCCUGACCGGCACUAAGCUGGUGGGCUGCGUGUCCUUCAGCACAGAGUCGGAAUAUGGACGCUGUCACUCCAUACGAGACCAGUUCCUGGGAGGAACCAUGAUCAUCAUCAUUGGAGGGAUAAUCGUUGCCUCUGUCCUUGUCUUCAUCUUCAUCCUCCUCAUGAAGUACAAGCUGCACAGUAACCACUACAAACAGAAAGCCGCCGCUCGCCAUGCCAACGUCUGCUCCCAGACCAAUGGAGGAGGAGGAGGCGGAGCCACGGUCCUCGCUCUGCCUCCAUCCUCCUCUUCUGCAGGGCAGGGUGUAGGUGCUAAUAAAAACUCUCAGCCGUCGUCGUCAGCAGAAGGGAUGGGAGGAGCUUCUCUUCGAGGGACAACUGUAGUGGACUUAAACCCCACCCAUGAUGAUGAUGCCAUCUCCCAAUAACACACAAGAAACUGUCAAUCAACCCCACAACCCACCGAUCUUUAAGACCCAAACCAAUACUCCACCUCCCUCCCCCUUUUUUUAUUUCUGAUUUGUUGCUGGUGCCUGGAGCAAAACUCCACUUCACGCUGAGGAGCGGCUCCUGUCAUUGAUUUUCUUACAUUCAGCUUCACAGCGCUGGAGGAAGAAGAGGUGCACCCAUUGGAUGCUAGGUCACAUCCUCCUGCUGAUCAGGUAUAAAUCCCGAAGACACACCCUGCCCUCCGACACGACCUCAUAGAACCAGAUGAGAUGUGACAAAAGCAUCAGACGGGGAAACACAGGGGAUCUUUUCACCUCUAAAAGUCUCCACGUUGCUGAGAUUUGGAUACAUGCACUGGAAUGGUUCUCUAAUCCAGGCUCUGAAUCCCCCUAUGUCUGGUGCUUGACACUUUGGAUCAGAGAAACCAGAGUGGACACAGCUUUGGGGAUCUGUUUCUCUUCUGAAGGAAGUAUCCAGCAAUCUG